UUUCAGGUUGAAUGCAAUUGUAAAGAGGGGUCUGUCUAUUUAUAUUUCUCAUAAUUCUUCUAUGGAGUAAUCUCAUCCGCAUUAUCUCUGCUUCCAAUAUAUUAAAUAGCUGGUCAUCGAUUCGUUACACAUCUUCUUUUAGAUUACAUUUAUAAAGACACAAUUGUCAUGUUGAUGUUGUUUUCGUGAUGUCGGUUGAUUGCACGAGUAGCGUCGUUUGGGGAGGACUCGUGUCCGACGACUCGUCAGAAUCCGAAGACAUUUACGAAAUCGCGCAUGACGUCAUUCAUUACCAGAACCCGAUGCCAGAACCUGCAUAUGUAAGUACAGCAACUACGAGUCGGCAGAACAUAAAUAACUUAAAUUCAUUCACACUUAUUCAACCAGAAGUUAUUCACAUCGGAAAUAGUUGUGAUGAUUUCUCGAAACCUUUUACAACUGAAGUAGAAUUUGAUGUGACCCCUGAAUGCAAUUUGACCGAAUCGGUUUUAGAUUUAUUGGACAAACCAGUACCUUCGGUUAUUUUUCUUAAUGAAGAUCAAUCUAAUUACAAUGAAACGAACCAGGAAAUCAAAAAAUUUGGCCAAAAACAGUUGUGUCAGAGCGAUGCCAAUAUUUUCAUGAAACUGGAGUCAGACGAAGUUGAUUCAAAAGAAAUAACGAAUGGCAAUGUAUCGACAAAUUGUGAGCCGCUGUUUGAUUCGGUUCCCGCAAGACCGUUAUCGGUUCCGGAAAGUUUAGGCUCGGAGUCCACUGAUGCUAAAACGCCCAUUGAACUGGUGCUUGAAGAUUUGACUGAGUGCGAAACUCGACAAGUGGCUCCUGGGACGUCUUUAAAGUACAAAGAAAUUAAAAGAAAAUACAAGAAGCGCGUCGACAAAAUUCGAAAAAUGAAACAGGAACAAGAGCUAAUUGAUGAAAAUAAUGUACCUGGCUUAAAUUUCGCUAGAAUGAAGAGAACGUAUGUUAAAAGAAAACCGCUGAAACCGAAAAUUCCCAAGCCGAAAAUGAAAACUUUUGCUGAACUAUCCUUGCAUAUAUACUCAAAUAAAAAAAUGGAAUUGGAGGAACGAUUGAAAAGCUUAAACAAAUGCGACGUGUGCGGUGCUCAACUUAGCAAUCAAAAAUUUAAAUGGCUGCAUAUGAAUAAUUGCAAUCAGCAAAACGAAAACGAGCCAGCCAAAACAACUGGUUCGAACUCAGAACAAAAGCGCCUAAACGAGGAAAACAAGCUAGGAUCUGAAACUUCUCUCAGACCUCAAAAUGAUGUUAUUGCUGUUCAUGAUGAUGAUGACGAUGUUUUGGUUGUGAACACAGUAAGGAAAAAUUUAUUCAAGUGUCCUUAUUGCCUAUUAGACUUUUCAUCCGAAGUUCAUUUAAAAGGCCACUUUUCAGUAAUUCAUGUAACUUCACAUAAACUAGGCUGUUGUCGGUUUUGUCGUUUACACUUGUCAGAAAGCGAAGAAAAAAAUGAAACGCCAUAUUGGAUGUCAUCGCAUCCAGUCAAGUAUGAUAAAGUUGAUUCGGUACAGAGGUGUACAAUUUGUGGUGCUAUGUUCUACAAAAAUAAAACGGCCUUUAAAAGACAUCUAGCUGUCCAUUCUGAUGAAAAAACGCUCAAAUGUCCUAGUUGCGAUUCUAGUUUUGGAGAUUUUAGCGAACUGAGAAGUCACGUUUUAAAUCAAUCCUGCUGGAGAACAAAGGAGAAAGGUUGCAUUCUACUGUGCCAUGUUGAAAGAUUGUUGACGAAUUACUUCAAGAACCUCAAAAACUGUAUUUACAAACAAGAUUCAACGCUGCAAAAGUGCAAUAAAAUACCCGAGACCAGUUAUGUGCAGCGCCUAAUUGAGAAUAUUCUGACCAAAUUGCCAGAGGAAGUACUUCCAAAAGAGAUAGUACCCGUCAAAGUCAAAAACAAGAAAUCACAUCGAAACUUGAAGGAAACGCGACAAGCAGAAAACGGCAAAGCUCUUCCAGAAGCAGAAAGUUAUAUAUCAGAACCUAAAUUAGCGAAGAGAAAGAAAAAUUUUGGAGCAUCAAAUAAUAAAGGAACGAAGGAUUCUGUGCUCUGUAAUGAAAGGCAACGAGGACUCUCGGAAGAAGCCGAGUUAGUCUGCUCGAUUGAAAAUGUUGGUAAAAAAGCGGCUAUGAAAAAUCAGAAGCACAAAACCUCUAAAAAUAUUGAACAAAGAAACGUGAAAGAGAAAAAAAGAAAAAAGAGUGAAAAACGUUCGAAAAUGAAUAAGAUUUUGUCACCAGGAUUGACCGGUAUUGUUGUAACAAAUGUUGUAAGUUUAGCCGAAAACAAUGAAGACGAAAUCGAAUCAGGCUCCGAAAUAACAGUUAUUUCUUGCGGCGACGAAGCUGACAAUUACAACAGUUUUGCAGUCGAAAAUGAUAACCUGAACUCUUCUGUGGAGUCUGAAAUAGACACUCUUUAUAAUGCAGUAGAAGAGAGAGUCAAUUCGGCAAAUAUCAGCACUUCUGAUGGCAAACUGAAUUAUGAUGUGAAAUCGCUGGAUUUUGGUGCUCACUUGCAAUUUACUGACAACACAACAAGUGCAGCUCAUGAGAAGUUAUAUCUAAGAACAAGCUCAGGUAAUUUAUUCUUCCUUGAACCGAUUGUUGAUGCAGUUAUCAAUGUUGAGGAAGAUAGCACGGACAGUAGUUACAGACAUGUUACCAGAGAUGUUGAAAACGAACCAUUCCAGUUCACGGACGAUUCUCAGGUAAAUGUUGAUCAAACACCCAGUCUUGCUGUAGCUACAGAUUUGAAUUCAUAUGACGGGCAUUUGAGAUGCUUAUCAGAGUCUGGAAGACAAAGAGAAGAAAUGUCUUUAGAGGAAAAUUUGGUAGACAACGCUGCAAAAGCUGAUUCUCUGAUUAUACCGCAAGUUGAAACUAAAAAAUGUAUUUUAGAUGAAGAUAGUUUAAGUUCAGAUCAUCAGCCAGUGCCAAAACUUAAAAAUAAUGAAAGUUUCAACAGAAGUGUUCCAAGGUUCAAAUGUCGAGAAGUGCCUGGGUUAUUAAAAACAGAAUUGAGCUCAUAUGAUUCUUUUGUUGUCGAAUCGAAAGAUGGAGUAAACGAUUUGAGCCAAAACUACUGAUGUCGUCCGACAACUCGUUGAAAAACAGUUUGCUUUUCAAAGUUUGGCCAUAUUUUGACAGUUUUUCAAAGAAUGACUUGAUCACGAAUACCAAUACAUUGCGGAGCAAUGAUAGCCUGCCUACUCUUCAACAAGUGUUAAAUAUAAAUGUCUUUUUUGUAAAAUUCUAAUUUAUGUCCGCAUGAAUGGUAUUUAUGCUUAAUAAUUUUAUGGAAAUUGGAGUAACGUGCAAUUAUCCGAAAGUGCAAUAAACCGAAAUGAAAAAUAUUAUGAUUAAUUCUUAAUGGCGGCUUUUGAUUUUCAUUUUUUCCUGCCUUGCGGUUUUUUCGUGAAAAAGUAUGUGAAGUGGCUGUAAAAAUGGUACUUGAC